GCUGACUGACUCCACUCACCAGGCUGCUUGAAUGGAUCUCUCAAACCAGUGAAACUACGAGCACUCAGGUUGAAAUGUAUUAAUAGUAUUUUAUGGUAUUUAGCAGAAAGGGGUUUGUUGUUCACAGAGAUAACCUGACCGCUCUAAAUAACCCGUAAAAAUGAUGCGGUUUAUGCUUUUGUUCAGCCGGCAGGGGAAGCUGCGGCUCCAGAAAUGGUACACAGCUACUGCUGAGCGUGACAAGAAGAAGAUGGUCAGAGAGCUCAUGCAGGUGGUGCUGGCCAGAAAACCCAAAAUGUGCAGUUUCCUGGAGUGGAGGGAUCUAAAGAUAGUCUACAAGAGGUAUGCCAGCCUGUAUUUCUGCUGUGCAGUAGAGGAGCAGGACAAUGAACUGAUUACCCUGGAGGUCAUCCAUCGCUUUGUGGAGCUGCUAGAUAAGUACUUUGGCAGUGUUUGUGAGCUUGACAUCAUUUUUAACUUUGAGAAAGCUUACUUUAUCCUGGAUGAGUUCCUAAUGGGAGGAGAGAUUCAGGACACAUCCAAGAAGAGUGUGCUCAAGGCCAUUGAACAGUCCGACCUUCUACAAGAGGAGGAUGAGUCACCCAGGAGUGUCCUAGAGGAGAUGGGUCUGGCCUAGUGCUACUUUCCAACACAGUCAGACAGAUGGAAAAUAUGAUGGUACUACUACAACACAUAGGCUUCUAGAAAGGAAGCUAAUGUAUAAUGGGUCCAGAGGGUGGAAGGAGGAGAACUGGUCAGAUGAUGCAAAUAAAACGGGGAGAUGGGGAUUAUUUCAGUACUACUGAGAUCAGCAUGCGAUUGUAUUUCUAUUACAACAUGUUUUGUCUUUACGUUUUAAAACGGCUGCCUUUAGCCAGGUUUCCUAUAAUUUUUAUAAAGAGACACUGAAAGGAAUUGCAGAAUGACUUGAAUUUAGCAAACAGAGAUGUGUUUAGAAAAUAUUUUGAACUAUUAAGCCUUUACAUUUUAACAACAGGUCAUACAAUCUCAGCUAUGAGUUUAUUUAAAGAGCGUUGUUGGUUGCAUUACUCAAAGGGCCUGCUUUAGGAAAUUUAAAUCUUCAUAAAUGCCAUUACUGUAUAUUUACUGUAGCUUCUCAGGAAACAAUGACAUUAACCAUCCAGCUUUUUUUGUGAGAUGCAAAUAUUUUUACUUGCACCACUUGAAAUGUAUUGCUGUUGCAGCACACAGACCACACAGCAAUAUCGUAGUGAGUUUUUAAUGGGUCAAUUUAAGGAAUUUAAAUAAUUUAAGAACAUAUUCACCACGUGGGAGGAAUGUUGAACAUUUUUGAAAAUGCAUAAAAUACUGAAUAGAUUACUUUGUGUAGUGUAUUCAUUCUAUUGCAGCCACAGUGGUAAAUUUUCUGAACGUGUAACUUAUUGCACGAACAGGGCACAGAAUCUCAACCAUAAAAUGGCGCUGAAACUCUUCCUGUUUAUCCUACACCCUCCUUUCCAAAGAUGUGUUUCUGCCUGUAAGCUUGGAGUUAAAGAAUAAUACGGUAAAUAAGGAAAUUGUUGCAACCUGUUUCAGAAAACUAAAGAGGGCUUUAAUAUUGAGCUUGAUGUAUUUACAUAGCUUUUUAAAUGUUGUUUAAAAUAAGGGAAUAUUUUAAGAACUUCAUUUUCUUUUUUUAAACAAUUUCAUAAUUCAGCAUGAAAGCAUGUUUAACCUGUGUAAAAUCUGUCAGGUAACUAAAACAGAAUUGUCUGUGAAUGUUAUUUUAUAAUUAAAACCCAAUUUUAGCCUAAA